AUGAAUGUAGGUUAUGUAGCUAGAGGUUAACAAGCUGUGAGAUGAAGGGAGUGAACAAGUACAUAUCAAUACUGUAGGUGGCAGUAUGCGCACAAUGUUUCUAAAGUUGGAUUUGACCGGGAGAAGAAGAGCUAUUUUGAAGCACAUGAAGAGGGAAGCUCAGGAGCAAUUCCAAAAUACAACGAAAGUGUUACCACUAAAGAUUACUUUUCAAAUAAAUGACUGCGUUCUCACAUUUGGAAUAACUGUUCUUACUGAUCGACUUUGUCAUUUAAUGUAUAAUUGCUGGAAAUGACAACUCUCGUUCUAGACAACGGUGCUUACACGGCCAAAAUUGGAUAUAGCCAUGAAAAAGUCAGUGUUAUUCCGAAUUGCCAGUUCCGUUCAAAGACGCUGAGGCUUAAAACUUUCACUGCCAAUCAACUAGAUGAAAUUAAAGAUCCAUCUGGACUAUUCUAUAUUCUUCCAUUUCAAAAGGGUUAUCUUGUUAACUGGGAUGUGCAACGUAAAGUAUGGGAUCAUCUGUUUGGAAAGGAAAUGUUUAAGGUGGACUUUGCUGAUACCAGCAUAGUAAUAACAGAGCCAUACUUCAACUUCACCUCAAUUCAAGAAUCGAUGAAUGAAAUUCUAUUUGAGGAAUACCAGUUUCAGGCAGCUCUGAGAAUCAAUGGUGGAUCUCUGAGUGCACACAGAUACUUCCAGGAGAACAAUUCAGAGUUGUGCUGCAUUGUGGUGGAUAGUGGCUUCUCCUUCACACACAUCGUCCCUUACUGUAGAGGAAGGAAGAUGAAGGAUGGUAUCUGCAGGAUAAAUGUAGGUGGAAAACUUCUCACCAACCACUUAAAAGAGAUCAUUUCAUACAGGCAGCUACAUGUGAUGGAUGAGACAUAUGUGAUCAACCAGGUCAAGGAGGAUGUGUGCUAUGUAUCACAGGACUUCUACAAAGAUAUGGGGAUUGCUCAGUUGAAAGGGGAAGAAAACCUGGUUAUGAGAGACUAUGUGCUACCAGAUUUUAGCGCCAUCAAAAAGGGCUUCUGUAAGCCUAGAGAAGAGAUGAAUUUCACAGGGAAGUAUAAGACUGGGGAGCAGAUUCUGCGACUCACCAAUGAGAGGUUUGCUGUUCCAGAGAUGCUUUUCCACCCAGCAGAUAUUGGCAUCCAGGAAAUGGGCCUACCAGAAGCAAUAGUAAACUCCAUCAAUAAAAUGCCUGAAGAAAUGCAGCCCCACUUCUUCAAGAACAUCAUCCUGACAGGUGGCAAUACCUUGUUCCCAGGAUUUAGGGAUCGUGUGUAUAAAGAUGUCCGUGCCCUUGCCCCUACGGAAUUCCAAGUUUCUGUAUUACAGCCACAAAAUCCCAUCUGCUACGCAUGGGAAGGAGGAAAGCUUCUAGCAGAAAACCCAGACUUUGAAGAAAUGGUAGUCACACGAGAAGAUUAUGAAGAAAAUGGACAUAUUAUAUGUGAGGAGAAGUUUGAUGUUUAACAUCAAAUAUCAUGAAUAUUUAAUAUCUUUUACAUUAUCUGUCAUGAUAUCACUUGCAUUAUCCUGCAACUGAGACUCUUGAAUGUUGUAAUUUUGUUUUGUUUUUGUAUUAUUUUGUUUAGUGGUUAUGUUGUUGUUGUU